AUGAAUCUCACGGUGAAUCAUCAGAUCGCCGACUCGUUUGUUGGCCUCGAUUUUGGACUCAACUCAAAGUCGAUACAUCAACUCAUUUCCGCGUCGAUUUUGAUUUUGGGCAUUUCUGUGAUUGUGGUGAGUUUUUGCAGUUUUUUGAGGGGAUUAUUGGGGGAUUUUUGGAGACUUUUUGGACUUUUGUGGGAUUUUUUUCGAAAUUUUUUGAAUUCUUAGGACGUAAUUUUUUUCCAAACAUUUUUAAAAUUUGUUCGCAGUUUUUUGAAGCUUCGUUUUUUUGGUAAAAAAAUGCAAAACAAAAUUUCGAAAUUUUAAAAUACGCAAGCUGAACCCGAGAAACUAUUAUCAGUUUAAAAAAUCCCAAUAAAACAAGCCGGAGUUUUUCAAUUUUUAAAAUCCAAGCGACCUCUGUAGGACAAGGCCUAUCUAUUAUAUUUAUAUAACACAUAAUUUUAAAAGUUCCAGGGGCCUUGCUUAGCCGAAAUAAACUUUGCUAUACUAGAACGAUUCAGUUAUUCGCCUUUUAAAAUUUGCUUUAUAGGCUUUUUAGAGUAGAUAAAUUAAAUUUUUGAACCGUCUGUCAUUAUUUUUGAGCUGGAAAAGUCAUUUUUGAUUGCAAAAUUCUGACAAGGAAAGUACUUCUAUGGGGUGUGGAAUUACCGGUCGAGAUAUAUAUCAAAAAAUUCGCAAAAAUUUUCUGAUUCAGAAUAUAUAAAAAUUAGCUGCCUAAUUUUGGUCUAUCAGCGAGUUUUUUCAAUAAAUGUUUUUCUCGAGGAAAAAAAUCUGCGGCAACAAAAGCGCGCUCGGUCUCUUCCUUCGGAAGAGAGCGGUGUGGCCGAGUGGUUAGAGCGCUGGGUUGGAAAUCCGAGGGGAACGGGUCCGAUUCUUUUUGCCACACUAGAACCCAUUUUUUACAUUGGAACUACUUUUAAGGUGUAGUUGUAAUCCAAUUUGAUAUUUUAAGGCUUGUCAUGGCCUCAGAAUUUAGUUUAGCAUAAAACAAAUUUUUUUUAUUGGUAAAAACACGGUCAAAAAGACACUUGCAUGGCGUCGCGAGAAAACUUCUGAGGACAAAAACAUGUCAUCAGACCAAAAUUAGGCAGCUAAUUUAUAUAUAUUCUGAAUCAGAAAAUGUUUGCGAAUUUUUUGAUAUAUAUCUCGACCGGUAAUUCCACACCCCAUAGAAGUACUUUCCUUGUGAAAAUUUCGGGUAAAAAAACGUUUUUUCUGACCUUCUUUCCUUAUAUUCUACAAUAUUUAAAAAAUGCUUUAAGAUCUCAGCGGCCGCUGCAAUAGAAAAGCUAAAAUUUCCAAGACUUUUAAGUCUAUUAUUGGUAAUAAAAUACUAUCCCAAGGCAAAAUCUAUCCCAAAUUUGACGCUAAUCGGAGCUAUGCCCUUUACCCACUUCCUUGUUUAAAUUUCCCCGCACAAACCAAAAUUCAACCCGGUUGUUUACCGCAAACCUUGUACAUUUGAGUUGUUCUUUUGUCAAUCAGUCACCUGAUGGUAACUGAUGAUUUGAGCCACUCAAUUACCUGUUUUCUCAUCAGGUGUAAUGUUUUCAACCUGUCCGGAAAUUUGAGUGCAUUACAGUGGGAUUAGUCAUCAAAUUUUUUGAUUGAAACGUGAUAAGUUGCGAAUGGGGUUUUUGUCAAAAGUUCGACAUACACCCUUAAACAUACCUAACGAAAGAUAUUAAAGAAUCUUUUUAACGAGAGGCUGCGCUAAGGAAGAGAGUCGGCGAGAAAAAAAUCAUUUUUUGUUUUAUUUUUCAUUGCUUUGCGAAUUUUCAAGCAGAAAAAUUAUUUUUGUAACUCUUCGUAUCAGUGGAAAAAUAAUAAGCAAAAUGUCGCGUCGAAAAUCUCAUCGCCGCCGAGAAAAUGAAUCUUGUUGCGGCAAACUCAAGUUGCUCUUUCACAUCAGUGACACGAUUGGCGCAGCGAUUUGUGCUCAUUAUUUUCCCGACAGACUUGUAAAAAAUAUGAAGCGCCAAAUAUGAAUUUUAUGGGGGAAUUUUGUGAUGACAAAAAUUUAAAAAAAUUUUUGCAUUUUCACCCAUUUUCGACCAAAAAAAUCCUGUUUGUUUGUCGCAAAUCGCAUGCUAAAAACAUAACAUAAUUCUUAUAAAACUGUAAUCUGAAUUUGUUCUAAGUUUCAUUAACAUUCGACACUGAAUUUUUAAAAUACGCAGCGAUUUCCGUUUGCUUGCUUCCCAUUUUUUUCAAACUACACCUUUUCGCCUUUUAAAAACACAUUUUACACCGCAAAAGGAGCCGCUACGUGUCUCAAAGUUCUCCAUUGAUUCGGUUAAGACAGAGAUCACCUUCCAAAAAAAGAUAUUUUCGGUUACGUCACGUGUAAAAGAUGGAUUUUCCCGUGGCGACAAAUCAAAUCAAUGUCAAGACUUUUUUUGUCAUCGAAAAUUUUUAAAAAACUGAACGGGCGUUCUUUCUCGGAUACGAACGGAAGUGGGAGUACGGUGGAACAGGUUUAGAGGAUUUAUUCAUUUUUUAUUUUUGCACUUUUUUGAGAAAAAAAUUGAAACUCUCAAAUGAAGACGACUAACUCUUUACUGCAAAGCCAUUCUAUAACCAGCAGUUUUAGAGGUGUAAACACAUCGAUUAUAGGCAAAAUAAAUCUUUGUAAAACGGAGCUUUUCUACAACAAAUAACUCUGUUAUACAGAAAUUUGAGUAAUGUUGACGGCGCGCAAUAACUUCCAAAAUUUUAUCUAAUGCUUUGUAAAAAAGCCGACAUUGGUCAGAAAAAAAUGAUUUUUUGAAACAAAAGUUCACUUUUCACUGCGCAAUUUCUGGCUUUUUGCAUCGUGCAAUAGGCUCUUUUCGGCUGUCGUUCGCAUAUUGACAUUUUUCGCAUAGUGCCAGCGCCAAAAAUCGGCCUUAAAUUUCCGGAAGGAUUAGUGGAAAAAGUCGAUCUACGUGUGAACUAAAAUUACAAUAAAAAAUCCAAAAAAAAAUUUUUAAAAUUGAAAAACGUAUAAAUUUAACCCUCUGCAUUUUUCAGACCGUCUCCUUUUUCAUCUUCCGCCUCUACAUGUUGUACUGUCGGAAUUACCGCAACACGGUCGCCUACCAUCUGCCUUCACAUCAAGUAUCGAGUCGACGGAGCAAAGCAGACUCUGACAGUCAGCGACCGCUCUACUCGUUUAAGAACGUCUUCAGCGACUCGGAAGAAAAUAUAAUGCAUAUUUAA